AUGGGUAAGUCAAGGAAGAGAAGUAAAGCGUCAAGAAGCAGAUUGAACCCGCUGGCAAAAACGCGCGACGGUAACGAUUCAAGCAAGGAUGCCAACCUGAUCAACACGAAAAUUCAACCGCUGUUGAAGAAUCUUCAAAGUUCUGUCCCUAACGACAGGAGCAUGGCGCUGAGCUCUAUCAGUGUUUUGUGCGAGGAUCCACAUAUGAGGUUUUUGCUUUUGAAGGAGAAAUUAGUGCAAACAGUUUCGACCACAUUGAUCAACGAUAGUAACACUGAUAUAGUCAUCGAGUCCCUUGGACUUUUGAGGAAUCUAGUGCUCGAAGAAGGAUACGAUGUCGCCAUCCAUCUGUGGAGGAUAGAUAUCUGGAGCAACAUCCAGAAUGGGGCAGAACAGACUCUGAAGUCCCUGAAUGCGAUGAUCGAGGGGAGGGAUAAAGUCGAGAAGCAAUCGAGGAGGUUGCUGUUCGAGUAUGCGGACAACCUGAUCUCGUUGGUGGUUGCGCUAACAAAUGCAUCUGACGAUAUUUUAGAAGAAGUGUUGAACGGUGAGAAACUGGAUGUGCUUUUGAUCGUCAUCUCCAAAUUCAUCGAGUACGGGUUUUCUGACUUACCGACCUACCUACAAAAUAGCAUAUUGGAUUUCAUCUACGAUUUCAGCUCUGAAUCGUUUGAAUUCGUCGAUAAAAUAGUCGAGGCAGAGACCAUAUGGCAGUUGAUCAGAGAUCUUGUGCCUGACCUGGCGUCGUCCAACGAAUUGACUAUAAUCCUCUUGCAAGGUAUCCGCCUUCAAUUCUUGGACGCCGUUUCGGAAGAGGAGCUUACGGGUGCAAAAUGUUCCGAGAUCAUAGGGAACAUUUUAGCCGCAACGUUGCGUAUAGAUCUAGACUCCAUGAAACAAACGUUGAGUAACGUUGUGAACAAGGACACUACGGAACUCGACACCUCGAAACUGAAAGAUUUUGCGAAGCAGAAGCAGUUGGCCAUGAUGCAAUACCAGGCGCUUGAAACUGCGCUUGACAUUCUGACGGGUGUCAUCGAGAUCAUUGCCUCGUCUCAGAUCGAUUUCAAUGACCACCUGAUGCAAUUGCUGAUGACGCAGGUCCCCGCACAUCUGAGAGUUUCAUAUGAGGAGUUCCCGGACAGGACAUUAAUCGCUUGGAAUAACCUGCUGUGGCUCUACAUCACGAUAAACUGCGACGUCGAUCUACAACAACUGCGCGAUCUGUGGUCGCUCGUGCAUAACGGUGCAUCCGUGGAUGCCACCGAGGCGGUGCUCUUGGGGAAAAUGAGUGUUGUGUGGGCGAUCUUGAAGCUGUGCGGUGUGCAAGGUCACAUAUCGCUGCUACGAGAGUUGCAAGUGUGGGACAACACAUCGUUUGGGCAGAGUGUCAUUGCGGAAUUUGGCAAGUCCAAAGAUAUCGGAUUCCAGCGGAAAUGCUGCGGUGCGCUGACGUGUGUGGCCUCAUACCAGGGCCAGUCCGAGCAGUGCAACAAGUUCGUCGGCGAUUUUUUUUCGAGACGCUUAGUGGUGGGCAAUCCGAGCCCGCUCCUGAGCUUCUUAUUGACAUGGUCGAAGCUCUGUUUGAGAUAUACGCGGAUUCAAGUUACGACUACGACGCGGCGGUAUUUGUCGGCGGGUCAGUAUGCGGAGAGGCUGGCCAACACGGUUGUCCCGCACUUGAGAUCCGUGUUCAAGAUGGUGGACAAGAACAAAACCCCGGAGUUGAAGGAGCGGUGCACGGCGUGUUUGGACACGCUACAAAGGUUCAUCGAGUACAAAGUCAACGAGGCCGCAUCGAAAUGA